AUGUCUUCCAUCACUGAGCUGCUUUACGACCUUGUCGGAAAGCUUUCUGCUCUCAUUGAAUCCCCAUUAAAGCAAUCUGAGAUGAAUGAAAAGAUUACACAAAUUACGGAACGGGUCAUCGCUGCUGCCCGGCCUGAUAUGCCCGACUGGACUACAAGGGUCAAUGGCUUCGGCGAGUUCGUUGCCAUGAAGCUUUUUAUUGAUUGGAACGCGUUUGAAGCAAUUCCUCCAAGUGGAACUAUCUCGUAUAAGAACUUUCCAAGAAGCUCAGCGCUGACAAGUCUUUGGUUCGUAAGUGAAAACCAAGAGCUCCGUUUUGCGCGGCAUACCGAAGCUAAUUACAUUGAAGAACGGAUUGCAUGGCAUCUGAUUGCGCGUGGAGUACUGAUACAAGUAGGUGAAGAGGAGUUGGCACAUACCGAGAUCUCCAAACGCUAUCUUCCAGGCUUGCCGGAUACAGUCGUGUUUAGUUUCUGGUAUGAGGGAACUAUUGUGCCUUCCGUGAAAAUGCCGGAAUACUUCGCGAAGUACGGCCGCCGAGAGCCAGAUUCUGAGAUCCGAACACCACUGGCCUUUGGAUUUGGCCAGCCAGAGAUGACGCCGUACGAAGUUUACUACCAAGAACCAAAGAGAAGGGACCAAUUCCAGAAAGCCAUGCAAAUGGCACAAUAUGCGGCCCCUUUCACCGGCUCGUACAACUUCAGUUGGAUCAAGGAGAAAAUCCGAAACAUGGACGAGUAA